GAACUGGCUCUCAUCAUGGAUCGGCUCUAUGGUGGCGUCUGUUACGCUGGAAUCGACAUUGAUCCAGAGCUCAAGUAUCCCAAAGGUGCUGGCCGCGUUGCUUUCUCAAAUCAGCAAAGUUACAUUGCAGCUAUCAGCGCAAGAUUCGUUCAACUUCAGCAUAAUGAUAUUGAUAAGCGAGUGGAAGUCAAACCCUACGUUUUGGAUAAUCAAAUGUGUGACGAAUGCCAAGGCACUCGUUGUGGUGGAAAAUUCGCACCCUUCUUCUGUGCAAACGUUACUUGUUUGCAGUAUUACUGCGAACAGUGUUGGGUUCAAAUACACAGCCACCACGGACGAGAGUACCACAAACCUCUUGUAAAGGAGGGCGCCGAGCGGCCCCGUCCUGCUCUCUACCGAUGGUAA